CUGAGCCUGGUCCCGCCGCGUGACGUCGUCCUAGAUUCUGUCUGUAGUGUGAUUCUCAGGAGUGUGAAAGACUUGAAAUAUCAUGGGGAAGAAAGGAAAGAAGGAGAAGAAGGUGAAGGGAGCGGAAAAGACUGCUGCUAAGAUGGAGAAGAAAGUUUCCAAGAGAUCCAAAAAGGAUGAGGAGGAUCUGGAGGCAUUAAUAGCAGAAUUUCAGUCACUCGAUGCAAAGAAAACACAAGUGAUAGAAACGUUGUGUCCACCACCAAGCCCCAGGUUGAAUGCCUCUCUGACUCCACAUCCUGAGAAGGAUGAAUUGAUUCUGUUUGGAGGUGAAUAUUUCAAUGGCCAAAAAACCUUCCUAUACAAUGAACUGUACAUCUAUAAUAUCAAAAAGAACAGCUGGAUUAAGGUGGACAUCCCAAACCCACCACCACGACGCUGUGCUCAUCAGGCUGUGGCAGUUCCUCAGGCCGCGGGGCAGCUGUGGGUAUUUGGAGGGGAGUUUGCGUCUCCUGAUGGUGAACAGUUUUACCACUACAAGGACCUCUGGGUGCUUCACCUGAAUACUAAAUCCUGGGAACAGAUCAAAUCUCCAGGAGGACCAUCUGGAAGAAGUGGCCACCGCAUGGUGUAUUCUAAGAGGCAGCUAAUAGUGUUUGGAGGAUUUCAUGAAAGCACAAGGGAUUAUGUUUAUUAUAAUGAUGUGUACACUUUUAACCUGGAUUCCUUCACAUGGACAAAGAUCUCACCCUCUGGUACUGGCCCUUCACCACGGUCAGGCUGUCAGCUGACCACCACCCAGGAUGGAAGCAUUGUUAUCUAUGGUGGAUAUUCUAAGCUGAGAGUGAAGAAGGAUGUGGACAAAGGAACAGUGCACACAGACAUGUUCCUGCUGAAGUUGGAAGGUGCAGAGAAAUGGACGUGGAGUCGGCUGAACCCUUCUGGCGUGAAGCCCACCCCCAGGACUGGCUUUUCCAUGGUUGUUGGAUCCAACAAUCGCAGCGUUCUUUUUGGAGGAGUCUAUGAUGAAGAGGAAGAAGAGACCAUUGAAGGAGAUUUCUAUAACGACCUUUACUUUCAUGAUCAGGGGAAGAAUCGAUGGUUCUCUGCCCAGAUUAAAGGUUACAGAUCAAAUCGGAAGAAAAGGCGACGUGGAGAUAAAACUGUGGAGGCAGAACUAAUAGAGGCCAGAGUGCAGAGUCCAGCAGAACCCAUUGAGGUCAUAAAAGACAUUGUGGCUGAAGAUGGGACAGUGAUGACCAUCAAGCAGGUGAUCCCUAGCCAAGGAACCCCUGCCAGUGAUGAAGACAGUAGUGAGGAAGAAGAGGAGGAGUUGGAAGCUGCUGGACCACAGGUGGAGCCCUGCCCGCGAUCCAGCACCCUGAUGGCCAUCAAGCAAGGCAUCCUAUACUUGUACGGAGGGAUGUUUGAAGUUGGUGACCGACAAUUCACUCUGAAUGACCUUUAUAGCCUAGAUCUACAGAAGAUGGAAGAAUGGAAAGUACUAGUGGAGAUGGAUCCAAAAACCCAGGAAUGGUUGGGUGAAUCUGACUCUGAGGGAGAACAAAGUGCAGAGGAGAGAGAGGAGGAGGAGGAUGUUGAUGAUGAUGAUGAAGAGGAAAGCGAGGAGGAGGAGGAUGACGACAUCGAUGAAGAACAGCACCCACCGGUGGAGCCCCAUGAGAAAUACUCAGAUUAUUUACCCCGCACAGAACAGCACUGGAUCCAGCUCGCUCGAGAAAACAUGGGCUCUGAAGCCAAAGAAAAGAAAGUUCUUAAAGUGGCACAUGCCAUGGCUAAGACAUUUUAUGAAUUCAGGGAUAAAUAGGACUGUAGAGGACAAUGUAAUAACUGCAGGAACUUCUAAAGGAGAUCUGUGCCACAGGACAAAGUCCCAUGUGUUUAGUUUUUACAUCUGAUAUGGCCUUUAGGGUGUGGGCUGAAACCAAAAUUUUCCCAGCAAGGUCAUUGAAAUGUUGCUUGGUUUUGGUUAAUUCUGAACUGUCUGUAAAAAAAAAAAAAAAAAAAAAAUUUGACCACUCAUAUUACAGGAUCAGCAAAUGUGCAGUUUUCACAUAUUAAAAUAAUAUAGUGGAAUUCCUUUAA